CGCCUUCUGAGUCGCCGGCUUCUACCUUCGACGACACAAAUGGCACGUCGUCGCAGCCUCUCGCCGACACAUCUCAUCUGAGCGACGCUGAUCUCAUAGACUUGCUCACUCAGGGGAUCGCCGAGUCAGACAAUCCGGACACAAGCGUUAAUAUAUCCGGGUUGUCCCCUGGCGACUCGUUCCCCGUGACCUCUGAGCUCCCGCCUCUGCCCACGGGGUGCAUGUGCGUGGAUGUAUGGCAGUGCCCUCAGUUUAAUAUCGAGCACGGGAAGGCCCCCGAGCAGGAGGACGCCGGCCAGCCCCUUUCGGACAGCGAGGGCCUUGUCUCCCUCGUGAACUUGAGGCACGCCGCCCCUUGCCCCGGUCUCAUGGUGUGCUGCGACGACCCCGACCUGAGCUUGUCGCCGCCCUCGCCCCCGCUGCACACGCCCAGAUGCGGGACGCCCAAUCCCAACGGAGUGAUGACAAAUUUCUUGGGCUUCACGGACAACCAAGCACAAUUCGGACAGUUCCCGUGGAUGGCCGCAAUCCGGACGCUAAACCCACGCGCAGACGACCCUAUGUAUGGCUAUAUUGGCGGUGGGUCGCUCAUCCACCCAGGUAUUGUCAUGACAGCGGCACAUAAGCUUCGGGAUCGUAACCCAGAGGACUUAGUGGUACGUCUAGGCGAGUGGGACUUCAGCUCGACCUCUGAAACCAUCGAGUACCAAGAAAUCCCCUUGGAACGGGUCGAAUGCCAUCCACAGUUCUCCUACAAGCACCUCAAGUACGACGUGGCUCUGCUCUUCCUUGCAACCGAGGCUGUGCUGGGAUCCACCGUCGAUACGAUUUGCCUUCCCGAGCACGAGCACGACUUCGACGGCUCCACCUGCGUCAGCUCCGGCUGGGGAAAGAGCAGCUUCGGGGAGGGCGGGAAGUACCAAGAGAUCCUGAAGGCCAUAGACCUGCCAGCGAUGAGCCACAGCCAGUGUGAAGCUGCUCUUCGAACGACGAGACUCGGGCCCACGUUCUCCCUGGAUGAAACGUUCGUGUGUGCCGGCGGCGAGGGGGGCGACCUCUGCACGGGGGACGGGGGCUCGCCGCUUGUCUGUCCGAGCCUCGACGACCCUUCGCGUUAUGUGCAGGUGGGCGUCUCUGCGUGGGGCAUCGGCUGUGGACAACGUGGCAUUCCAGGGGUCUAUGCUUCCGUGAUGGCGGCUAUGCCCUGGAUCCGUACUGUGCUUGAAACGGACAUUGGUUUCGAUAUCCGCAAUGCAUUCCUGUGAGGAAAGUGGGGAGAGCAAGGAGAGAGAGAGAGAGAGAGAGAGAGAGAGAGAGAGAGAGAGAGAGAGAGAGAGAGAGAGAGAGAGAGAGAGAGAGAGAGAGAGAGAGAGAGAGAGAGAGAGAGAGAGAGGAGGUUGUCGUGAAUCACGGGUUUCGCCGUGACCACGACGUAAUAAGUCAUCAAAAAAAAAACCUCUCACGAUCCAUCUCCCUCAGGCAUAAGAAAACUUCGAAAAACGGGGCGCACAAGGAAAGAAAACGCGGCCACUCCUCCUCCUCCCUUUUAUUGUUUUGUUUUGUCAGUUUUUUUUGUAUUAAACGUUUUUUUUUUGUGUGUGUGUGUUUUUACCCUUACACCUAAAUGCAAGGAACUGCAACAUAUAUUAAGAAUUGGCGGAAAAGGUGAGAAUAAGGAGGAAUUACGGGUUUUAUCUUUUUAAUUCACUUUUUAUUAUUUUAGUUCUUUUGGAUUCUUUUACAUAGGUAUUCUGUUAAUCUUAAUUUUCUAAUGACGCUUUUUUAAACGUCAAUAACUUGAGAUUACAUUCCUUAAUUACACUUUUUCGCGCUAAGAACGAAACACGAGAGGCAUUAAAAGGGGGAUUGGUCUUUGGAUCGUUUGUGAGGAACCCGGUAAUGGUCUUCCUCGAAAGAUAAGUGGGCGUGAGUUUUAUCUCUUUAGGUUACAGGAAAGAUUCAUGAUCUUUUUUUAGUAAAGCUUAAGUGAUUAAAAGGUGCCUCAUUUUAAUUCAGUAUUUGAAUGCGUCCUUGCGUUUACGUGUUUUAUUUUUUACUUGUUUUAUAAUUGUUUUUAGUGUUUUACGGUUGUGUUUUAAGCCCGUGUUUGUUUUAUUGUUUUACGUUAGUGUUUUACGUUCAAGUUCAUUUUAAUCUUUCGAUGUUCAAGUUCAUUUUAGUGUUUUAUGCCCGUUUGUUUUAGUUUUACGUUGGUGUUCUAGUGUCUUACGUUUGUUCUAUGUUCCAGUUCAUUUUAGUUGUAUGUCUGUGUUCUUAAUGCUAUUAUGAUUUUAAGUUUUAAUAAAUGAAGGAUAUUU